AUGGGACGACACGGCAGGAACAACACGAGUCGAGCAGACUUCACUUAUGCGGAGCGGCAGAUGGCGCAGGGUGGCACGAAGCGGGCGCUGCUGGGUCGCGAAGCCAUGAAGGACAUCGACGCGUGCUCGCUGUGCCUGCAACAUGCUAGGGACCCGAGGGUGUGCUCAGAGGGACAUUUGUACUGCCAGGAGUGCAUCCUCACCUCGCUACUCGACCAGAAGAAGGACAUCAAGCGACAGCAGAAGCUCCUCGAGCGGAUGCGCGCCGAGUCGGAGGCCGAGAUGGCUACCGCCCGCGCCGCAGCUCGCGAGCGGGUUCUCAAGGAGUUCGAGACGGCGCAAUCCUCGCUCGGCAGCAAGACGACGCAGGGAAAGGUUUCGGCGACUGGCGCAGACGAGGAGAAGGUCGGGCCGCGAGGGACGAAGCGGACAUUCGAGCUGGAUGAGGACGAGAUUGACCGCUUGACGAAGGAGGCGACGGACGAGGCGCUCAACCGGACGGCGCGCGAGAUGGCGGACGCGCGGCGGGCCAAGCUGCCCAACUUUUGGCUGCCCUCGCUUACGCCGACCGCAACGCCCGAAAGCAUCAUCGACACGAAGCUUCAAACGCUGUGCCACGCCUCAAAGCCGCCUCAUCCUGUCAGCCUCAAGUCGCUCGUAACCGUCAAGCUCACGGAGGACCCGGAGGAGAAGAACAGGUCGGGCAACCCGACUGUCCUCUGCCCGAGUUGCCGCAAGACUAUCACGAACAACGUCAAGGCUUUCGCGCUCAAGGCUUGCGGAGAUGUCCUCUGCUCGACCUGUGUCGACACGCUCUGCCGAACGGACAAGGUCUGCGCGCACUGCACCACUCCGGUCGACAAGAAGCUGCCGUACAUCGAGCUGAAGCGGGAAGGGACCGGCUACGCUGCGGGCGGAGGUGUGCAGGUCGAGAAAUUCGACGUGGCCUUCCAGGCCUGA